AUGUCGUCUGUUAAUACGCGAGACUCUGCAUUAAACGCUAUCAAAAGGUAUAUGACAAAAAGCAAGGAUGAAGCUUUUGUCAUGGAUAGUGACAGUGUUGCGAGUUAUUUGCAGCUCCUCAACGAACAGUGGGCACGUUUCAACACUGCACAAGGUGAAGUUGAACUAUCGUGUGGUCUCGACAAUGCAGAAGUAGAGGAGAGUGUUCGCGUACAAGGUGAAUCCUGGUAUGCCACAGCCUUAGCUAAUUUCAAGCGUGAGCAAAGGUGUAGGGUGGAACCGACAACGCAACUUGUGACAUCGCCAACGUCUGUGUCCGCAGCAAUUCGUUUACCUAAAAUGGAUUUACCAACGUUUGCCGGCGAUUCCACAUAUUGGAUAGCUUUCUACGAUGCUUUUUGUUCGUUAGUUGAUACUAAUCCCACUUUAUCGGAUGGACAAAAACUGCAUUACCUACGCAGUUGUCUAAAAGGCGACGCUCUCAACAUUAUCAGUGGGUUUAAGGUAUGUGACGCUAAUUACACAGAGGCGUGGGAUCUUCUCAAAUCUCGGUACAAAAUAAUGCGAGUUAUUGUUGAGGCGCAUUUACGGGAGAUGUUUGCUAUUCCGUAA